UGUCGUGACUAUUUAUUUAUCUACAAUACAUAAACGAAGUAAAAUAAUACUUAUUGAUAAAUCAUAAUUAAUACAACUGUCAAACAGAUCCAAUUGACAAAUGAUGUAACAUAACACUUUAGGAAAAGAAGGAACAUUUUUAUAAGAAAUAAAAUUCUUAAGAAUCAAAAUGAAGUUUCCUAAACCUGUUUAUUACCUUAGUGCAAUUGGCACAGCAGCAGGAAUAUCCUUUUGUGUUAAGGACUAUAUGAGCGGUGGAACAUUUGAAUCAGAUAUUAGAGCAGAUGGAAAAGUAAUUGUAGUUACAGGAGCUAAUACAGGAAUUGGUAAGGAAACUGCAAGAGAACUAGCUAAACGUGGAGCUCAUGUGUAUAUGGCUUGUCGAGACAUGGAACGUUGUGAAAAGGCUAGAGAAGAGAUUGUAUUGGAGACUAAAAAUAAAUAUGUCUAUUGCAGAAAAUGUGAUCUUUCUUCAUUGAACUCUGUUCGAGAGUUUUCUAAAGUUAUGCAUAAUGAACGGAAGCAUAUAGAUGUAUUAAUCAAUAAUGCUGGUGUCAUGAGAUGUCCAUUAUCAAGAACUUCUGAAGGCUUUGAAAUGCAGCUAGGUGUGAAUCAUCUUGGACAUUUUUUGCUCACAAAUCUACUUUUAGAUAUGCUGAAGGCAUCACCAUCUGCUAGAAUUGUUCAUGUUUCAAGUUUAGCUCAUACAAGAGGCAAAAUAAACAUUGAAGAUUUAAACAGUGAUCAUUCCUAUGACCCUGGUGCAGCAUAUAAUCAGAGCAAAUUAGCAAAUAUCAUGUUCUCAAAUGAACUUGCAAAAAGAUUAGAAGGUACAAAUGUAACUUCCAAUGCUUUACAUCCUGGUGUUGUUGAUACUGAACUGGUGCGACACAUGCCUAUUUUUACCUCAAGUGUUUCAAAACAUAUUUUGAAAUUUUUGUUAUGGCCUUUUGUUAAAACACCUAUUAGUGGGGCACAAACAUCUCUUCAUGUGGCUUUGCAUCCAGAUUUAGAAGGAGUGAAUGGAAAAUAUUUCAGUGAUUGCAAAGAGAAACAAGUGGCUGUUCAAGCAACCGAUUCAAAAACAGCUUCUUGGCUGUGGGCUGUUAGUGAAAAAUGGACUGGUUUAAUUAAUUAACUAUAUUGUAAGAGUUGACUUUUAUUAGACUUGUUAUUAAAUAAUA